UCAUUUGUUUUUAUUCACAAAAUUAAGUUGAUGAAGUUAAUGUGUGAAUAAAGAUGACGAAUAUGUGUAUGGAAAAAAAAUUACAAUUCCUCGAAGGAAGAAUUGACAAUAUAGAUGAGAAACAGUUUAAAGAAUUCAUGAUUCUGUAUCCAUUUGAAGACAUGGUUAAUUUGAAUAUCAUGGACAUAGAAUUAUUAAAAACUUGUGCAAGUUUUCUAUUGAAGCUUAGUCGCAGAAAUUUAUUCUAUAAGGCUUUGAAACAAAUAUCACACAUAAUAGAUUUCAUACUUUCCAUUAUUUCAUCAUCGGACAAAGCGGAUUAUGGUGAAUUAUUGUCUAAAUAUAUGGAAUUGUUGAAAAUAAUAAUUUCCAGAACAAUUGACAGUCAAUCGCUGCGAGAUUUGAUAAAAAAACGCCGGGAGGAAAUCUUGGAAAUUCUGACAACCACUACAAAACAUAGGAUUUUCAAUCGUCAGCACGUAAGUGACUGCACGACAAUUUUGUGCGAUCUCUUAUCGAUGGGCGGAAUAUUACCGAUGACAACAUCAAAAUGUAUCGCUGAAAUAACAGAAAUAUUCCAAAGGUUGGACGUGAUUCAUGAGAUAGCUGUUAUAACCAAUAUUACCCUGAACAGGUUUUCAGAUUCUACAGAAGCCUUCAAUGUUUGUAUUUCGUGGUUACUGAGAUAUAGUCCUAUAUUUCUAAAACGGGAGCUUGAGAUAAUCACUUUGAAAGAGUUGGUGACAGCAAUAAAUUAUUUCUACAUAAACUAUAAAUUCGGAAAGAAGAUGCAAAAUUCUAUUAUGGAAGAAUCAGAUAAGUGCUUGGAUGCUCUGAUGCAGUACUCAGAUAAAAUUCUUAUUAUGUGUAAAAAUGAAGUCCUUCGAAAAGAGUCCAUCAAGCUCUUUUCCAUAGUACUGACCAAAUAUAAUGAUCAGAAAUGGAAGGCUAAUCUACAUGCAUUGAAUGAGUUGCCAAAAGAUAUUACAGGGUGGCCAAAGGUGAAAGUAAGAAUAUUUUUGCAUGUUUGUGAAUUUCUCUGCAAGACCUCUGGGUUAGUCUGGCAUCCUUCCGAAGUCCUUCAGUCCAUCGCUAACCUAAUCUACUCAACCGACCGCUUUCAGCUAGAUUCAUUCAUGCUCAAAACUAUCUGCGUCAUUUUUCCUAUAGUUGCCGUGGAGUGUCCUGAUAAAAACGUCGUUCUACUUGGAAACAGCCUCUUAAUAAUAUUGUCAGGACGAUUUUCGGAACUGGAAAACAUAUUUUCCUGCCAUGUAGCCCAACUGUGCUGGAUUUUGCAGUAUGGGAAAAAUGCUCUGAAAAAGCGCAUUUUAUGUCAUUGGUUGCGACAAGGAGAAGAUAUCGAACUGAUGAAGAGGUGUAUCUGA